AAACUCCUCCAGGUCCUCGCCUCACCACGGUGGCCCAAACGGCGUAGCUCUGAAGGACUCUGCCCCGUGUUUUCCCGCUCUCUGUGUGCUUAAAGAGAGCGAACGGGCGGAGAGAACGGCGAAUCUGCAGAACCCCGCGGGGCCGCAUAUUCCUUCAAGAGUCCCAGGAAGCCGACCCGAGGGACGGGCGCAGGGCUGGUUGUGGCGUGGUCGCUGCCGUCGCGCCCUCGGCCGGAUCGUGUGACUCCUGAGACCCGGGACCCGACAUCCUGUUCAUCAAGUAGUUUACAGGACAUUUGAGGUCCCAAGGGUCCUUAGAAAACAUCUAGCCUUACUUUUCCAGUGAGGAAACUAAGAUGAAAAUCUAUUCCUCGCUGCCGAAGAAUUAACAGAAUGCUCUCCAAUGAGUCCCUACAUUCGCCUGCAUUUAACCGUUCCAACUCACAAGCCUCCAUAGACAGCACCUCCAUGGAGGACUUCUUGCGGGAAAUAGAAAGCAUUAAAGAGAGUAGCAUGAGAGCACAGGAAGAGCAGAUACCAGCUGAGGUCAAGCCUGUGGAUGAAGGAGAACUCGAAGAAGAGUGGUUGCAAGAUGUGGGUUUAUCAACCUUGAUCUCGGGUAAUGAAGAGGAGGAUGGCAAAGCCUUGCUCUCUACGCUGACUCGAACCCAAGCAGCUGCAGUGAAAAAGAGAUACAAUACUUACACUCAAACCAUGAGAAAAAAGAACAAGCAAUCUGUUAGGGAUGUCAGAGACAUCUUUGGAGUCAGCGAAUCUCCUCCAGAUGAUUUUUGUUGUAUCCCAACUCCUCUUUUGGAAAUGAUCCUGGAUGAAGAAGUGAUAUCAGCAAUUCCCUGCAGAAAUGGUCAACUGCCAGGUGAUACCUGUGACAAUCAUACUGCUCAGUUGGAUGGUCCCCAGGAGGAAAAAGAGCUGCCAGGAGUUAUGAAAACAAGUGAUUCCUUGCCAGAUGAUGCUUCUCUCAACAGUACCGCCCUGUCAGAUGGGUCCCCAGAUGAAGAAGGGAGUUUUACAGUUCCCAGGAGUGGCUCUGUGUCUAUACUUGAGACCAUUCCAGCUCUACCAGUUCAUUCCAAUGGAUCUCCAGACCCUGGACAGUCAGUUCAGAAUGCAGUGAGUGAUGAUGUUUAUCUGGAAAAGAACAUUCCGCCAGAAACUGAAGAGCUGUCCUUCGAAGUAUCUUAUUCAGAAAUGGUUACAGAGAUUCCAAAAAGAAACAAAUUUAAGAAGUCUGAAUUUAAGAAAGACGACUUCGCCUUAACUAAAUUUAUUGUCCAGAAAACCAGAUUCGGUCUAACUGAAGCAGGAGACCUGUCUUCUGAAGAUAUGAAGAAGAUCCGCCAUCUGUCUCUGAUUGAACUGACUGCCUUUUUUGAUGCCUUUGGAAUCCAGCUGAAAAGAAACAAAACUGAGAGAGUAAAAGGACGAGACACUGGGAUUUUUGGAGUUCCGCUCACAGUCCUGUUGGACAAUGACCGAAAGAAGGAUCCUGGAGUGAAGGUUCCCCUGGUGUUGCAAAAAUUUUUUGAGAAAGUUGAGGAAUCAGGCCUGGAAUCUGAAGGAAUUUUUCGACUUUCUGGAUGUACCGCCAAAGUCAAGCAAUACCGUGAAGAACUGGAUGCCAAGUUUAAUUCUGAUAAAUUUAAAUGGGACAGAAUGUGCCAUAGAGAAGCUGCAGUAAUGUUGAAAGCAUUUUUCAGAGAACUACCCACCUCUCUCUUCCCCGUGGAAUAUAUACCUGCCUUCAUCACUCUAAUGGAAAGAGGGCCUCCCAUCAAAGUACAGUUUCAAGCUUUACACCUCAUGGUCAUGGCCCUGCCCGAUGCCAACAGGGACACAGCUCAGGCCCUCAUGACAUUCUUCAAUAAAGUGAUUGCCAACGAAUCAAAAAACCGAAUGAGUGUAUGGAACAUUUCUACUGUAAUGGCACCAAACCUUUUCUUCAGUCGAAGCAAACAUUCUGAUUAUGAAGAACUACAGUUAGCAAACACUGCAGCCCACAUCAUCCGCCUAAUGCUUAAAUACCAAAAGAUUCUGUGGAAGGUUCCAUCUUUCCUAAUCAUGCAAGUCAGAAGAAUGAACGAAGCUACGAUGCUGUUAAAGAAGCAGCUCCCAAGUGUCAGAAAGCUGCUGAGGAGGAAGACCAUAGAACGAGAGGUUAUAAGCCCCAAGACUUCAAAGGUACUGCAAAAAUCACCCUCUUCAAGAAGAAUGUCUGACGUGCCGGAAGGAGUCAUAAGGGUCCAUGCUCCGCUUCUCUCUAAGGUGUCCAUGGCCAUUCAACUCAAUAGUCACACCAAAGCCAAAGACAUACUGGCAAAAUUUCAAUAUGAGAACAGUUAUGGUUCAUCAGAAUGCAUUAAGAUUCAGAACCAACGGUUAUAUGAAAUUGGAGGAAAUAUAGGGCAGCAUUGCUUGGAUCCAGAUGCUUAUAUAUUGGAUGUAUAUCAUGUCAAUCCUCAAGCAGAGUGGGUGAUUAAACCCCAACCAAGUUUUUGAAACACCCUCCAGGAUGGCAGCUAUCAUGUAUCACAUGCCAAGAAGAUUCUGCAUGUGGUAGGGAAAAAAACAAGACUACUUUUGACAUGUUUGCUCCAAUAACUCUCUUGGUGUUUCUCAGCCCAAGUGGUGUCUCCCAGCGUUGUCAACAUGAACCAUGGAGGAGGCACUGGUUGGCUGUUUGAGCUGGGGCUUUCUCCUAUGAUUCCUUGAUAAGAGUGAAGGAAAGAUGAUGCGAUCCUUCCAGAAGAAAGGCCAAUCUAGUAUGUGGAACUCUAAUCAUUUCUAGUACUUUGGUUUCAUAUCAGAAAUGAAUUUGGCCCUAUACCUAGAGAUAAGAAACACUUCUUUAUGUAGCAAAUGCUACCAAAGACAAGAGGUAGAAGAGAAUUGUUUUCAUACCUGUGUUAUAUACAUAGGUGGACCUUUUUGAACAAGAAUGCCAGAAAUAUCAAUAAUUUUUGCUCUGUAAAAUAAUCCAGAUCUACUUUUCAAAGGGAAUCGGUUCCUGAAGUUAUGCAUACAAUAUUUAUGCUCUGACUUGCUCCCAAAUUGGAGGAGGGCGAACUCCUGUUGAAGGAACACUGUAUUGUUAUGUAUGUUGUACUGUAUUAUGACUAUCAGCAUUCUGGUGCAAGUGACCAUUUCUCUAUCGUGGACUAUUGAAAAUUGAUAAUUUUAAAGCUUUUCUGAUGAGCACUGGUCCGUAUAGCAAAGGUUAGUCUGAAAGAGGGUGUCCUUAUUCUUUCGUGACCUUCUGCGUGGUUAAUAGUCACAGAACCACUAUUUUCUCCUCAUGAUUCUGGUGCUCAACGAAUAGCUUUCUCUGUGCCAGACACAGAUUUCCUUUCCUGAUCAAACAUAUCAUUUUUUUAUAUUUCACAACUGUAGAUAGUCACUUCUGCCACCCCAAUUUAAAAAUAUAGAACUGCCUUUAUCCAACUGUUCUUUAUCCAAGAAUACUGAAAAAUAGUGUCAUAUCCAGAUUUUAUAUGCUGUAAAAGCAUAUUUUGUUUCUGCUCAUCAACCAUAGACAUGGCCAAGCACUGUGGACUAGCCUCAGGCUUUAAAAUCAGAUGCAGUUUUGGUGAGCUGGAAACUGUCUCACUGUGAAGAUCCUGUGGAGGCAUUUUCCAGACCGGCACUUGGUGAGAACAUACAGUUCUCCACGAGCUAAUGGAGAGCAAAUCUGAAAUGUGCCAAGGGGUCAGACGGCUCUGCCUUUCAUCUUGAGACUGCAGAUACAGUUCUUCUAGGGUCAGUAGAACUGGGGACAGAAAUCUCAUUUAUCCCACAUGCAUGCUUUCGAUUAGAAUCCACAGAUUGAGAUUUUGAUGAAUUUGUAUCAAUUUUAAUGAGAUUUAAUGCCCAGAUGACUCUCUUUUGCGGUUCAAACAAUAAAGUUGCUCACAGAUACAGAAGACAUUUCAUCUACUUACCAAUUCUCAAAACGUAAUGUGAUGAUAACUGAAGCCCAUGUAUAGAAGAAAUCUUUUAUAUGCUGCAUUAUGCCUUGAUAUCUCUUAAAACAUUGUUUGUAUUCACCAUGUAGAUAAUUGUGUUUCUGGCCACUAAUAUUUCGUUAUAUUUUUAUAAAAAACGCAAAUAUCCAUUCAUUUUA